GCUGUACUGCUGCUGUGCUGAAUCGCCAUCGCAUUCUCUUUUGGUCGAUCUGGUCUUUGCAUCUCUCUUCAAUUCUUCAAUCUCUUCAUUCUUGUUAUUGCCACACCGCCUACAUCACAUCCGUCGCGCGUACUCGUCGCAGCAAUCGCAACGCAGCUCUCUGCCCUUCAACCACCCCUUUCAGCCACCCCUCUACCCCCUUCUCCAUCAUGAGCGUCGCAAACCACAGUAACAGUCGACCUCAUCAACUGCCCCUUCCUUCACAUGCCACUGUACGCUCCACCUCGCCUGCUGUGGCCCGCAGGCCCAUGCCGUACGAGACGCCAGACCCCAGCGGACGCAACUGGCUCGUUGAGCUCCCCGAGGAGAUUCGACACAUCAUCUUUCUCCAGCUCGACCUCAACGACAUCACCACCUGCUAUCGGUUAUGCAAGGAGCUUCACGCCUUCCUCACCCAAUCAGCGGCGAUCAACUUGCGACACACUCUGCUGGCUAACUCUCUUCAUCUCAACCCUUUCGCCAUGCAAGCCAAUCCAAACAUGCCCCGUCAGAUGCCGCUGACCUCGGCCAAAAUUCUCGCACACCUUCGUGAGACGCUCACGCGCUUUCGAAACGUCGCGCCCAAGUCAACGAGCACUGUCCGAUUCCGUGAGCCCAGCGGCAGCCUUUAUGAGUAUCUGGAAGGCGUGCUCUUGCGGACAUCUCGGGACCCGGCAGCCCCUCUGAGUUCCAAGUCGCGCACGCUACACGUGUACGACCUUCGCCGCAUUGAUGAGUGGGAGGACACUGAGGACGCAACGGACGCCGAUGCCGAGGUAUUCGAGACCUCCAGCGACAGCCCCAUGGAGGGCGAUUUCAAGACGCAGCACACUUUCGACUUCACAAUCCGCGAGGUCGCGACGGACCCCACACAGGACCUCCUGAUUAUCGUGUCGCUGACUCCCAUCAGCCAGCGGCGUCAUCCAUUUCCCAAGAUGAUCAUGGAAUUCCACCUAUACAGUCUUUCAACCUUUGAGCCGCAUCCCAAGGCCGAGAAACACAUCAUCGAGUUCCCUCAGCACCUGGACGGUGAAGACAUCGCGCUCGACUUUCAGAUUUGUGACAACGCGCUCUAUGUCCUCUCCAAGGGCCCUGGGAUGCUAGGUCGAGACGACAGCCCGGCGGACGUGCUGUACGGGUGGGAGUGGCCCACGGGUCGUCUGCACGUCAGCAUUGAGGCGCCUGACCACAUUUCAUUUGAGUCCUUCGUUCUCCUCACUGCGUCAUCCUUCUGUGUCACUGCGACCGUAGCUCGCGUCUCAAAUGGCGAACUUGCGCCGGACGACCUCACACCCGAGGCUUUCCGCGAGCUCUACUGGACCCACCACCUGCACUUAUAUGCCUUCCCACCCAUAUCCGACCACCCCGCGGGUGCGCCCUGGACGGCCCAACAUGUCUCUGUAAUCAACAUGCCAUCGAUCAACAACAGGUUCCUUCGGGGCAUCCCGCCCAUGCAAAUGUCCAUCCGCACCGACCCCCCGCCACGCACGUUCAACUCGCCGUACCCUAUGCACGCGCCGCCGCCGUACCUCCCCGACCCAGAGAGUGGUGUUGCUAUCGUUACUUUCGUUCAGCAGCGCGGCUUCUUUCCGCUGAAUCCCCUGCUCCCGACCGCUCCAACGUUCACGCUCAUCGUUGCGAAAGCGACGCUCGCGAAGCUCUUGCCCGAACCAACCUCGCCGCUGCUCAAGCAGACGUUUUCUCGACCUGUCCCGGUUGUGCCAUUCUCGCGCCUUGCCCCUGACUGUCGUUUCUUUGGCCCCGAUCGGGUGAUGAGCUGUGAGCUUUGCCCUUCUACUCUGCUAACAGUAGCCUGGGUCUGCUUCGUAUAUCAGAAUCGGUAUGUGGCGCCGUAUGCGCGCGUCGUGGGCACUGUACACUUGCCUCUCGCUGGGGACAAUCCGGACGACGAGGAAACCGAGGAGCAAGAGGUAGUCGACCUUUCUCUCCAAGUCUUUGACUUUGACCAAAGGCGCGUGCGCAAGGAGAAGCUCGACCGCGCCAGACGCUUUCCCGCAGGCAUGGAGGCGCGAGACGAGCAAAUUGAGGGCGACGACGACGGCAUUGAUCUUGUUCUGAAGCCUACGCGUAUUCAGCCCAUCCCCUAUCUCACCCUUGAGGAAAUUGUUACAGGUCACAACAUGCCGUACAUACUCGUCGAGCGGGCAACGGACAGUGUCGAUCCUCUCAUUGACGGGCAGCGUAUUCUCCUCCUUAAGAAGCGGCAGGCUCGUCGUGGUGCCGUCCAGAACCCACCUGUGCCCGACGAUGACGACUCGGGCGACGACAGUGAUAGCGAAGAAGAGGAUUCGAUUGAGGUUAUGGAGUUCUAACGCACAUGGCGGUUUUUUUAAUC